GUUCUGGACUUCGAUAAAUUCUCAGACGGAUCGCACCGAAGUACCUAAAAAGGCAAUUGUGCUUCCAUUGGUUAUGACUUCAUAGUUAACCCAGCCUGCCCAGCCAGCUUCAUACUCGAAGGGUACUGCCGAUUUCGAAGAUAUAUACCUAACGGUCGUCGUAUUAUGUAUUAACCUACUAUGUUAUAGAUCAAUACUCAUGAAAUGAAGUCGAUCGAAGAGAUUCGGGCUCUCUCGACCAUUGACCCUGAACUCGAGCAGCUGGUCAAGAACGGGCUCGUACUGCCUCCAUCAUGGGACAAAGACACAAACAUACACGAAGUCCGCGCUCUGCUAUCCCAAAUCGCAGAGACGCAGAAGGACCAAGUAGACCCUCGCUUUGAAGAGAAAGACCUACAAGUCCCUACGAGGGAUGAUGAACUUAUUACGGUGCGCAUGCAUCGCUUAAAAGAGCGGACUGAGUAUAAGGACGGACGUCCAGGAAUGCUGAUGCUUCACGGCGGCGGGUAUAGCAUCGGCGACUUGAAAACUGGCGCCCGACUAAGCCGCGUAUUCGCGGGCCUCGGCGGCGUUGCCGUGAACGUUGAUUUCCGGCUCGCGCCUGAACAUCCGUUCCCGGGGCCGGUUGAGGAUGCGUUCGAUGCCCUGGCUUGGGUUGCGGAGAAUCUUGGAAACCUCGGAAUCGACCCGGCGAAGGGGUUUGUGGUCGCGGGCGAAAGCUCCGGCGCGAAUAUGGCACUCGCGGUAUCGUACCUUUGGAUGACUCAGAGAAAGGAUGCUGCCCUGCGGAUCACGGGCAUAUAUAGCAGCGCCAACUCGGCGGCAACCGGAGAGACGGUACCUGAGAGAUACAGACCUUUCUUCCUAAGUAUGGAACAGAAUGCCCGCGCUCCUGUGAUGGACAUCGCAGCCAUUGAGCGUAUCAAAGAGCUCUACAAGCCGGACCCAAAGAGCCCCAUCGCAUAUCCGAUAGCCAUUACCGAUCCCUCGAUCAUGCCUCGGACUUACUUCCAGGCAUGCGGCCUAGACCCAACGAGAGACUGUACGUUGAUUAUGGAGCAAGUGUGGAAGGACGCCGGCGUCCAAACGAAGCUCGAUAUUUAUUCUGGCAUGCCUCAUGUCUUUUGGGCUCUGGGACUUCCGGAUUUGGAACAGACUAGGAAGCAUGAGGCGGAUACUAGGGAUGGGCUCUUGUGGCUGUUGAGUUGAUCUAAUGGACUAUCCUAAAAGCGCUCGUAGUGGGAUGACAACUCGGCACAUUGGUAGGCUUGCAAAAGCUGAACUGAAUAAUU